AAGUUAGCCAAAGCCAUAACGCUAUUUAGCACUGCACUGAGAACUGCACCAUCAGCAUGCAAAGACUGUUUCCAAGCGCCCUAUGUCUGGUGCGGACCACUGAGUUGUUGCUACAGAGAUCUUCAGUGAGAAUGGCAAGCCAAUGGACUGGACAAGAGCCUCUGGCACAAACUGAUCCGGAGAUUAAGAGCAUCAUUCAGAAUGAGAAACAACGCCAAAAGCUGGGACUCGAGUUGAUUGCUUCUGAGAACUUCUGUAGUCGUGCAGUACAGGAAUGCUUGGGGUCGUGUCUGACCAACAAGUACUCAGAGGGUUACCCUGGUCAACGUUACUAUGGCGGCAACGAGUGCAUUGAUGAGAUAGAGCGACUGUGCCAGAAGAGAGCUCUGGAUGCCUACGGACUCUCGCCUGACCAAUGGGGGGUCAACGUGCAGCCUUACUCUGGAUCACCUGCCAACUUUGCCGUGUACACUGGUCUCCUUGCUCCCCACGAUCGGAUCAUGGGACUAGACCUUCCCGACGGUGGACAUUUGACUCACGGCUUCAUGACUGGCAAGAAGAAGGUUUCAGCCACUUCAAAAUACUUCGAGUCGAUGGCAUACCACGUGAAUCCUCAGACAGGACUGAUUGAUUUCGAAGGCCUACGCAAGAGUGCCAAAGAUUUCCUUCCUCGUAUGAUAAUCGCCGGGACAAGUGCGUACUCGCGUGUGCUCGACUAUGCCAGGUUUAGAGAUAUCUGCAACGAAGUCGGCGCUUACCUGAUGUCUGAUAUGGCCCACAUCAGUGGCCUGGUUGCCACGGGGGUCCACCCCUCACCCUUCGAGUUCUCCGAUGUGGUUACCACGACAACACACAAGACUCUUCGAGGGCCCAGAUCUGGUAUUAUAUUCUACCGUCGUGGGGUCAAAGGUCAAGACAAGGCCGGGAAAGACAUUAUGUAUGACUAUGAAAGGAAGAUAAACAGCGCAGUAUUCCCGGGUCUCCAGGGGGGCCCCCAUAAUCACCAGAUAGCAGCCGUUGCCGUGGCUCUCAAAGUGGCUAGCACGCCCGAGUUCAAAGAGUACCAGCUGCAAGUGGUGAGCAAUGCUCGUACACUGGCCAAGGCUCUCGCUGAUCGUGGCUACAACAUUGUCACCGGGGGGACAGACGUGCACUUGUUCGUAGUGGACCUCAGAUCAAAGAGUGUGGACGGGUCACUGGCUGAGCACAUCCUAGAGCUCAUCUCUAUCAGUGUGAACAAGAACACUGUCCCUGGAGACACAGGCUCCGCCCUGCACCCCAGCGGACUCAGGAUAGGUACUCCUGCUCUUACCUCACGCUAUAUGAAGGACUCUGACAUGGGAAAUAUCGCAGGUUUUAUUGACGAGGGAAUCAAAAUAGUGGCAGAGGUCAAGGGUCAACUAAGCAAGCCAAACCUUACCGUCAAGCAAUUCAACGCCCACCUGGCAAAGGACGAGGCUACACAGAAGAAAGUGUCUGAGCUGAGAGGGAAAGUGGAAGUUUUCGCUACCCAGUUCCCCAUGCCAGGGUUCGAGGACCACUAGACCACACCCACUUGGAGAGACUAUAACUGUAGAGUGUGACACUUAAAUAUUUAAUUAUGUUUACAUGUGUAUAGGAUUGAAAUUCUAUUUUGGCAAUAAUUAAUGAGAAACUUGUUUUUGAUCAA